GCCUACUACACUUUUGUGACUUUGGAGUCAUAUGCACUUGCUGUGCUUGCUUAUGACAGAUUGAUUGCAAUAUGUUUCCCUCUGCAUCAAAACUUACUCAACACACCACUCAUCAUGUCUUGUAUUAUAGGCCUGAAUUGGGUUUACACUGUGGGACUAGACGCAUAUGGCACAGUGAUCAUGACUCGACUGUCUUUUUGCAAAUCAGUCAGAGUGUUCAGCUAUUUCUGUGACUAUGCACCUGUGUUUAGACUCGCCUGUAAUGACAACACACUGCAGUGGUUAGCAGCUUCAAAUGGUGGUAUGUUUAAUCUGAUGACCCCCUUUGCUUUUAUUUGUCUGUCUUAUAUCAGCAUCCUGGUCACUGUGUUCAGGAUGAAAUCAGUGACUAGUAGGAUCAAAGCUCUCGCCACUUGCACUGAGCACCUGGUCCUUGUUGCUGUAUUUUAUAUUCCUAUAAUCAUCAUUUUCUUUGUAGGGCUUUAUGUGCGAGCCAUUGACCCAGACCAGCGUGUGCUGAGCCUGUCGCUGUCCUCUUGCAUCCCACCCUGCAUCAAUCCUAUUGUUUAUUCUUUGAAAACUAAAGAGAUUAAAACCAGAGCGCUGACACUGGUCCACAGAAUGAAAACAAGACCACAAUAA